AUGUCGUCCCGUGUCCCAGACAGCCAAAGAGUGAAGUGGGAGAACCCUGAACAGAACACAGCGAGUCUGGAUCAGUUUGAACGGUUGAAAACUCUGGGUACGGGUUCGUUUGGCCGCGUCAUGCUGGUCAAGCACAAAGAGACCGGGCAACACUUUGCCAUGAAGAUCCUCAACAAGCAGAAGGUUGUGAAGCUGAAACAGAUAGAACAUACUCUGAAUGAGAAGCGUAUUCUGACGGCUGUCAGCUUCCCUUUCCUGGUACAAGUAGAGUUCUCCUCUGACAACACUAACCUGUACAUGGUGAUGGAGUAUGUACCUGGUGGAGAGAUGUUCUCUCAUCUACGACGAAUCGGCAGGUUCAGUGAGCCUCAUGCUCGGUUCUACGCGGCUCAGAUCGUUCUGACCUUUGAGUACCUGCACGCCCUGGACCUCAUCUACCGAGACCUGAAACCGGAGAACCUUCUCAUAGACCAGCAGGGCUACAUACAGGUGACAGAUUUUGGUUUUGCUAAGCGUGUGAAAGGUCGAACCUGGACACUGUGUGGAACCCCAGAGUACCUGGCCCCAGAGAUCAUCCUCAGCAAGGGGUAUAACAAGGCGGUAGACUGGUGGGCGUUGGGUGUGUUGAUCUAUGAGAUGGCAGCCGGUUAUCCUCCCUUCUUCGCUGACCAGCCCAUACAAAUUUACGAAAAGAUCGUCUCUGGGAAGGUGCGUUUCCCCUCCCACUUCAGCUCUGACCUGAAGGAUCUGUUGAGGAAUCUACUACAGGUGGACCUGACCAAGCGCUAUGGCAACCUGAAGAACGGCGUCAACGACAUCAAGGGACACAAGUGGUUCGCCACCACUGAUUGGAUCGCCGUUUACCAGAGAAAGGUGGAGGCCCCGUUCGUUCCUAAGUUCAAAGGCCCAGGUGACACCAGCAACUUUGAGGAGUACGAAGAGGAGGAGAUCAGAGUCUCCAUCAGUGAACAGUGUGCCAAGGAGUUCACUGACUUCUAGACCCAACCAGAGAGAGAGGGAUUGAAGGAAGAAGAUAAGGAAGGAAGGAAGGAAGGAAGGAAGGAAGGAAGGAAGGAAGGAA